CAGCUCAGUCAGCACUACAGAUGUGUAUAAGAAAUUGAUUUUGGCAUUUCUGACAUAUGCCAACCGGGACCAGACAAAAUGUUCAAGUUGGUGAUUCUUCUGUGGAUCGUGGGGCAGGUCUCCACAGCUUGUGCCACAUCUGACAAACUAGUGCAAGGCAUAGUGGGCCAGUCCGUGCAAUUACCCUGCUCCUAUGGAACACAGGAUGGCAGAAGGGAAGUAUGCUGGGGAAGGGGCAGAUGCUCUAUUUUUAACUGCGGUGACGAAAUUCUCCAAACCGAUGGGUGGAAGGUGACCUCUAGGAAGUCACCAAAAUACCAACUCAACAGUCCUCUCAGUCAAGGGAAUGUGACCCUCACGAUCAUGGAUGCCAACGAAGAUGAUAGUGGUGCAUACUGCUGCCGGAUAGUAGUCCCUGGAUGGUUCAAUGACAUAAAAAAUAAUGUGAAUCUGCAGAUAAGGAAAGGUUCUCUUGUGGACGUCUCUUGGGUGUGAGUUUUCCUUUCCUGCCAUCAGCCGGUGUUGUUUCUUUCAAUUUCUGUUGGGGUAUGUACUUAAGAGGCUGGUAAUGGCAGUCUGUGUGAAAGGGAAACCUAGAGAAACAACAACAAUAAAAUAUGAAGGAAUGCAGGGGUAUGUACUAGCAACGCUUUGCAAUUGUCUGCUGUGAUAUGCUGCGUAGUUUGUAACUGUAGGCUGUACUUUAGGGGGAGUUAGUGCUUGGACAGCUAGUCUUUCCAGGCUCUACAGAAUGGUGGUAGAUUUGUAGCAUAAGGGAGCAAGUUUUGCUUACAACUUAUGGCAGCAACAAAGAUGUAACCAUGUCGAGGCACAGAGACCAGCACGAGGGAUCGUCCAUCAUCCAACUGAUGGGCGAGAGGAUCGGACAUGGGGACAACACAAUCUGACCAACCAACCACAGAAAGACACAGAUGGCAGGAGGACCAGUGGAUCCCCAGCUGGGACACAGGCAACCACUGGGAAUGAGGGAGGGUUUAUGAGGAUGGGUGGAUUGGUGUGCAUUCUCCAGUAGUUACAGAAGGUUCAUCCCUAUCUAUUGGGCACACAACUGGUGUAGCACUCUUCCUUGAUAUGUGACAAAAAUAAAGCUGCUUUUUGCUGCUUCUGA